AUUUUAUUUUUAUCAUGUUUUUACAAUUCUUAUAAUUCCAGAAAGCGCCGGCCUUGGUUGGUUCACGGGCUUUAUAUUUUUCGGUGUGCACUUUUUAUUUGGGAAAACCUAUUUUCUUGGAAUUUGCAUGCCUUUUUCUCUUAUUUAUAUUUAUAUUUUAUAAAGGGAAUGGGAAAUGAGGGGUAGAAGUAAAGUAGCUUAUUUUCUUGUGGGAUCAUUACUUUUAGUUAGGUUUAGUUAACAAUGAAUAAUCCAAAUUUUACAUUUUCAUAGAUUUGUCGAUAUAUUUUUGUAAGAGGUUUUUUUGCUGUCGAACUUGUCAAUGAAUUGAGGUGAGGAUAAUCAUUUCGGUCCUGGGAGAGGUGGGGAAAGUGAAUGGUUACAUGGUAGUAAUUUCUUUAUUUUAGAAGAUUUCGUAGAAGAAGGAUGUAGUUAUCCGUUUGCAUAUAAUUUUUUUUUUUAUAGGUAAAUCCGUUUGCAUAUCUGAUGCCUAUUAUGUCAGAUUUUGUGGCAUGAAUACUGAUUGUUUCGACUAUGGAAAAAGAGCAUGUUAUUUGAUCUUCCAAGAAAUCAUAAACGGUGGAUUCAACGUACAUGGACGCCUAAUGUUGCUAAUUAAGCUCAUAUUGCUAAUUUUGGAAAAGUAACUACAUAAGCUUUGGCUAGACUUGGGGCCCCAAGGGGCUUCUUUCGAUUUUCAUAGGAGUUCAAGUAUAAAGCUGUGUCAAGGAAUCUAUUUGUUGGAUUUUUUCACUUGGUUUGUUAAAUUGGAAAUGCCCAGUCCAUGGUUCUCUCAAUGCUAGAACUGGACUUUUCUGAAUAUAUAUAUAUAUAUAUAUAUAUUUAUUGUAGUUAAACUUAGCACCUUAGCCUCCUCUGUCUGGCCAUUAUCAGCUCACCAUUGCAUAUUGAUGGUUUAAAGGUCCAAUUGUGGUAAGUUUGAUGUCUUCUAAAAUGCUAAUUGGAAGUAUGGGUCAUUCAGUCUAUCUGUGGAUCGUAAGUUUUAUCCAGAUGGGAAUUUCUCAGUUCGUUACUAUUGGCACAGUAUUUUGUGUCUUUGUCAGAUUACAUUGAGCACCUUGGCUUUAAGAAUAGUGAUUAUUCAAGUUGCCUUUGGUGAUUUCUUUGUUUCCUGAGAGUAGCAUAUAGCAAGUUAGCAACCUAUUCUUGAAGGUAUUAUUUACUGACAAAUGCAGGUUUAUUCCCUCUUGUAGAUAUGCUGCUCUGAAUGUUAGAUUGUUUUGUUGGAAUAGACUGAUGGUGCAACAACCUAAGUCUAUGUGAGCUGUGGUGUAACAACUUAACUUUAUGUAUAUUGUGUGAGAAGCUGUGUUAUGGGCGAUUUUUCAAUUCAGAUUAGCAGCGACCUUGUUAGUCGACUUGCUGUUGACACUGAAAAGUCGAAGAAGAAAACUAAAAAAUCUAAAGCUAAGGUGCCAAGAGAACCGAAGCCCCAAAUUCAUGUAAAGCAGAAGCAGAUUACCGGUGAUUCUGAAAUAUUCAAGGAGCCUGCUGCCACAGGAUGGCCACUGCAGCCUCCGUUGUUUCUACCAGUAAACCCUCCAGCACAAUCAGCGUACACAGAGUUGGAUGCAAUUCGAUCUGUCCUUCAAGAUAGUGAGAGGGUUAUUGAGACGUUACAGAAGCAGGAGGAGAACAUGGUGCAGGAAGUGACACAAAGGGCUAGGGACCUCCGCGAUAAGGAGUUCAAGCUUCCAUACCAGAAGCCUAUGCCCUGUUCUGCCGAGAAUGAUGCUUGGUUAGCAUGCUACAAGGAGCAUCCCGAAGACUUCCUGAGAUGUGCCCCUCUGGUUAAAAACUUCGAAAGUUGUAUUCGCAGAGCAAGGCAGCAAGUGAGUUCGGCAGAGAAUUAGUGUUUUCCAGAAGAAAAUUUUCUGGUGGCAUACAUGAGUGCAAGCUGACAUCCAGUUUGAGUGACACCUAGAUUUUUGCGGAAGAAUUAAAUAAAACACUCCUUGAUAUCUCCGUUGUUGGAUUGCUUGCCGUGUAGUGUCAAUUCACAAUUUUUGUUAAAUCUUGACAACUCGAAAAUGUUACUUUUAAUAACUCAUACUCUCCACAUCUCAAAACCGUGUUCUGUUCAUGAAUGCAAUGUAAAAUGUUCAGUGGAACUUUCACCUUCAUCUACUCUAUAUGAUGUCGAAAAAUGUCUUUCAUUAGAA